AUGACCUGAGGCUAGCUAGCUACAUAGCCGCGGAUCCUAGCUACACCAUUAGGUUCACAGUUCUGACAAAUUCCAGAUUUUUCUUAUAGACCAGGAUGGAAUUGAUGCAAUUUUCUGUAAAAUACUAAUCUGACGCCCAGUUGAGCAGUUUAUAAGGACGCCUUAAAACAAGGUGGCGGUUUGUGAACGUUACAGGAGAGGUAACUAGCAUAGCUAGCCAACAUUAGCUAACUAAAAUAACGGUUAACCGCUAGCUAGCUUAACUGCAUAAUGUUAUAAAUACGGUAUAUUGAUAUGUUAAUGAUUAGUGGAAGCCAUACUGAAUGCUACUCUCUAUAACUUCGUCGAAUGGAUCUUUGUGAGGAUGGACGGCUUUAGUGCAUCCGGAGAUAUAAAUGCCGGUGAAACGGGACACGGUGUGGUUCUCCGGGCGGGCAGCGACCAUCCCGUGACCAGCGACCUCAGAACACUGCACAACCUGACGGCCCUGGAGAAGACCUGCCGGGUGUCUCCUUACUUUGGCGUAGUCCAGACAGACAUCCAGCCACACAUGCGAAGGAUACUGGCAGUAUGGAUGUUUCAGGUGUGUGAGGAGCAGAAAUGUGAGGAGGAGGUGUUUCCACUGGCAGCGCAUUACCUGGACUGCUACCUGAGCCAUUUCGCCAUUGAAAAGUUCAACCUGCAGCUUUUAGGUUGUGUUUGCAUGUUCCUGGCCUCCAAAAUGAGAGAGACCGUCCAUCUGACUGCCAGCAAGCUUUGUAUCUACACAGACAACUCAAUUUCAGUCUCAGACAUUCUGCAGUGGGAGGUAGCAGUGGUGUCCAGGUUAGACUGGUGUCUGGCGUCUGUGGUACCCUCUGACUUCCUGGAGCCAGUUCUUCAUGCUCUCCCCUUGGUUCGGCCCCACCACCUUCCUAACAUGCGCAGGCAUGUUCACUCUUACAUUGCUGUGGCAGCCACUGACUGCAGGUUUUCAGUGUUCUUGCCCUCCACUGUUGCAUGUGCCUGCGUGAGCAUUGCCACGCAGAGGCUGAAGUUAGUGGACGCUGCUGUCUCCUCUGAUUCAGUGAUGACGUUUUUGGCCAACCUUUUGGUCAUUGAUCUGAGCACGGUCAUUCUCUGCUAUGACCAGCUAGGGAGUGUGUUGGAGCGCAGCCUGCCCUCUUGUUUCCAGGCUAGUGUUUGCAGAUCAGGAGCUCACAGCUCAGAGAUCAGCUACACCCCUGCUGACUUUCAGGAUGUUGUAUUGACACCAGUGGCAUCAACCCAGGAAAUCAAGCUAAAGCACACCUCCCUGACAUGAAUGGCUAGAAUGAAUUGUAAAUUCACUGCCAUGAAGCACAACAAGAAGCCUAAAUACCAGGCAAAAUGUGUCUUAAGGCCAUUUCUCCUUAAUCUUAAUUGUUCUUUUGCAAGUUGAUUGUUUUGGAGAUCCCUCUGUGACGUGAAGAGCUGUCACUGUUUAACAUUUGUUUGUCCAACCUGUUGCUGCUCGUUUUAAAAUAUUUUGCAAUUGCCAAAGCAGCUUUGAAAGAUGGAAUAUUUCAGAUUCAUGAUACAUUAACGUUGUGAUAUUGACAGUUGAAUUGCACUGAAUCCUAAUAGCAAUGUUUGCACAUUUUAAAUGUAUUAUCCUCUAUUCAUAUGUAUUCGUAUAUAUUAGCACUUACCUGGAUCCAUUGAUAUUUUAAUAUAAGGUUUUUAUCUGGACAGUUUCGAUAAGUUUAAAUAGAUGUUUCUGCAUGGUUUCAAAAGAGUAAUGAAUUCCUUUGUGGCUAUAAAUCAAUACUGUCAUGACAUAAAAGACAAUACAAAACAUUUGUAUGUAGGUCACUAACGACAUUAA